GAGCCACCAGCUGGCCCGGAUAAAUACAGACGCGGCCGGAGCCCGGGCAGAGAAGCGAUCCGAGGGGCCUGAUCGUCGUCAAGGGGGUGGAGGGGAAGCGCGGCGUCCUAAAACCACGAAGCCGUCCAGCUCAGGAGGCAUCUCCGGGUUUCCUUUUGGCUACCGAGCAUCCUUCUGCUUUGGAGGCAGCCCACGGCUCUCUCUCUCUCUCUUGCGCCUUUUAUUUUAUUUUAUUUUAUUUUAUUUAACCGGCGGGUUAAAUAAACCCCCCAACACACCACUGUUUCGGUUGCCCGCAAUGCCUUUUCUGGGGCAGGACUGGCGAUCGCCGGGCCAGAACUGGGUGAAGACGGCGGAUGGCUGGACCAGGUUCCUGGACGGGAAGGAGCACGGCGGCUGCGACAACGAGAGGAACAGUUACUGCUGGAAAGAAGAAUUCAACAAGGAGAACAUCUUCCACAACCUGAACUGCGAUGUGGCUGCAAAAAAACGAAAGAAGGACCAGCUGAACAAUAAGACCAGGAUUCAGUAUUUUCACCAAGAAAAAUGGAUUUAUGUACACAAGGGAAGCACCAAAGAACGCCAUGGCUAUUGCACCCUGGGAGAAGCUUUCAAUAGACUGGAUUUCUCUAAUGCUAUUCUGGAUUCCAGAAGGUUCAACUAUGUUGUUCGGUUGUUGGAGCUGAUUGCAAAGUCUCAGCUGACAUCACUGAGCGGGAUUGCGCAGAAAAACUUUAUGAAUAUCUUGGAGAAAGUUGUGCAAAAAGUUCUGGAGGAUCAACAGAAUAUCAGACUGAUAAAAGAAUUGCUGCAGACUUUGUACAUGUCACUUUGCACCUUGGUCCAGAGUGUUGGCAAGUCUGUUCUGGUUGGCAACAUAAACAUGUGGGUCUACCGAAUGGAGAUGAUUCUUUAUUGGCAGCAGCAGCUGAACAAUAUCCAGAUCACCAAGCCUGACUUCAAAGGGUUCACUUUCACAGACCUGCCCUUGUGUUUACAACUAGACAUCAUGCAACGGCUGUCAGAUGGGCGAGACAUCGUGAGUCUUGGGCAAGUGACGCCAAGUCUUCAGGUGCUCAGUGAAGAUCGACUCCUCUGGAAAAAACUUUGCCACUACCACUUCACAGACCGACAGAUACGCAAGCGGCUAAUAUUGUCAGAUAAAGGGCAGUUGGAUUGGAAGAAGAUGUACUUCAAGCUUGUGAGAUGUUAUCCACGGAAAGAGCAAUAUGGAGAUACUUUGCAGCUUUGUAGACAUUGCCAUAUCCUUUCAUGGAAGGGCACUGAUCACCCCUGUACGGCUAACAAUCCAGAAAGCUGCUUGACUGCUCUUUCGCCACAAGACUUUAUCAACUUGUUCAGAUUCUGAAUUCCUAAAUAAUUUCACUCCCUAUCGUACUGUUCCGAUGGGACACUUUACACGGCUGAGCAGAAUGGCUCAGUUUGUAUCAUAGCUUGUAAAUAAUACAGCUUGACUGUUCCUGAGUCAAUGAGGAUAAGGGACUUUUCGGAGGCAGAAGUAGCCAUAAUCUUGUGGCCUUGGAACUCUUGAGAGAAUAUAGCCUCCUAGAUGGACAUAUGUAAAAAGGCAAGAUUUUUGUAAAUAUUAAGCUUGGUGAAAAUUGGUGUGCAAGCUUUCGGGGACAAUCAAUUUAGGAAAUGCAAAGAAGAGUCACCUUGCAAAUAUUUGGAAUUGUCUUCUGGAUUUUCAAAGCCAGAGGAAUGACACACUACCCGUUAGGUUAAAACUUGGAACUGUCCCCAACUUUGCUUUUCUAUUCGUUUGCAGAAGAUAUUUAUACCUAAAACUUUUUUAAAAAAGAGAUUUACAAGGAUAUAUCCCUUUAUUCUUAAAAAAAUGAACUGAAUCCAGAUAAAAUAAUUUCCCGGUUUCUACCUCUGAAACAGCUUUCCAAAUAAACGAGUGUGUGAUAUGAAGCAUCUGUA